AUGUCGUUGUCAAGUACUACUUCAACAGCUGGCCAGCUGCACAAAUUAUGCCGUGAGGGGAAUGUGACUGAAAUCCGUCUAUUGCUUCGAGAAAUAUCUGAUGUCAGCAAAUUGGAUGAGCGUCUAGGUUUUCUGGGAUACACUCCACUUCACGAGGCAACUAACUUGGGACAGACCAGUGUGGUUAGAUUAUUACUUCUUUUUGGUGCCAACCCAAAUGCAAGAGCCAAUGGAUUUUAUACACCUCUUCACAUUGCAGCAUCAAUGGAUAACUUGGACUGUGUGGAAGAACUUUUGAGAUAUAAUGCUGAUAUUACCAGCAAGGAUGAGUUUGAAAAAACUCCAUAUGAAACCGCUGUGAUUAAUAAUUGCAAGAGGACAGCUCGUGUCCUCAAAACUGAAGGUAAGUGAAAUUGGAGAGAGUUCAAUUGGUUCAUAUUACAAGGGUUUUUAAAGAAUUAUCCAUGGGAACACCUCAAAUCAUUCCCAGGUUAAUUUGAUCAACUCUUUCAAGUGAUCACCAUCAAAAAGCAUCCCCUUAAUUUUGAUACGCAAUGAAGAGGACAGUCUAUUAGAAUAGAAUAUUAAAAUCUGAAUUUUUCUUAUGUCAGCCAUUUCAUUUCUCCUUUCCAUUUUAAAAUGCUAAUAUUUAGAUUUAGGCAAGCCUAAAAGUGGAGCUCACCUUUUUUUUUUCCUGCACAUCUCUUCAACAAAACUAAAGCCCUACUAUGGAUAAAGUGCAUGGUAAUAUUAGUGGAUUUUCAUUUGCAACUUCUCUGUGUCCGUGUAGAGGACUGAUUAUAAGAUAGUGCCUGUGGUACAGCUGGCUGCGCAUGCUAAAAGUAGCACCUUGUAUGUUCAUACGGUCAUACGGUCUUACAGUCAUACGGUUGUACAGUCAUAUGGUUGUACAUCCAAAUUUUUUCGGCUUGAUAGGUUACUACUAUUUUGUAUAAUUAUGGGGCUAUGCUCUGCAAGCUUCACUAUUAGGGUUAGAGGUAAUCAGAAUUAAGAAAAUUAUCAACUAGAUUACCUCUAGAGGUAUCACACCAAAUCCUUUAGACUAGCCAAAAGAAAAAAAUACAGCCAACAGUGAGGAGCGUCAGCUUUUUUAUUUUGGAUUGGAAAGGAAAAGAUUUUCAUACAAUUCUGUAGUGAUGUAACACAGGUGCUCUAACCCUUUGACUCCUGAGAGUGACUAACAUCUAAUUUCUCCUUACAAUAUCACCUCUGAAUUGUUCAUUAAUGUCAUGAGAAUAAAGGAAAUGAUCAUCAACUAAAGAAGGUCUUGAUUUUUAAACAAAUUCUCCCUGUUAGCUCUUUAGGAAAUGUAUAGUGAACAGUAUGGAGAAUAUGCCCACUGAUGUUAGGGUGUAAAGAGCUAAAUUCUAUUUCAAAAUUAUCAGCUUCAAUUCUGUGAAGAUCAAUCCCAGAAUCUUUUUAAGAGAUCCAUGAAGAUUUUUAUAAAAGACCUAAGUGAUUUUCUGCCUCUUCAACACUGUUACUUUUUAUUUAACAAUCAAUUUUAUAAGAUGCUGUUGAUAAGGAUCUAUAAACCCCUCUACUAGGGGGCUUCAGAAAUAUUACUCUAGUAAUAAUAAUAACAGUAAAUCCCUGAUGAUCUUCCUUUGUAAUCAGAUUUGAAAUCUUUCUGACUAGUUGCAUGAUUUUUUCUACAUUUUUAUUUCAAGAAUAAGCAUGAUUCAGGCUUAAUUUUGCGACUUUUCUUUUAGUCACCUUAAAAGUUGGUUGUAAAUAGGGUUUGAUUCUUUUCUUUCCUAAGAGAAUUGUCUUUCAUUCUCCCCACAGAGGUCAAGAAAGCAGCUAGAGAGAACAGUCCCAAGUUACGUGCAUUGCUGACGUUAAUUUCUCCCCAGGAUGUUUUACACUCAUGCUUUAAGGAGGCUCUCCUUGAGGCAUCAAGAGGAGGUCACCUCAACGCCAUUUGUUCUUUAGUCAUCUCAGGAGGGAGACAUUCUUUACACCUUAAAGACUGCAUUGUGCAAGCAUUACAGGGUCAUUUCUGUGAGGCAGCAGCCAUGUUGCUGGCAUGUUAUGCAGCAAAGCAUGAUAAAAAGAAGCUUCUAAAAUAUCUACUAAAGGAAGAAAUGAGCAGAGAGGAAGAACAGAAGGCUAUUGCGGAAUUGCCAGCUGCAGUGGUGCCAACCGAGGAUGAUUUUGCCCGAAUAAGGUAUUUGGAACAGGUCAUUGUUGGCUACAUCUCUAACAAACCAGUAUUAUCGGCAAACCCUGCCAUCCUAUCUAUUUCUCCCUUCCCUUUUCCAUUUUACAUAUAGAAAAAUGAAGGAUUGUGGUGUCAAGGUGGCAUCAUCAUUUAUUUGGAAGGAGGAAAUUCAUUUCUAUUUUUUUUCACCCACCAAAACCUCAGAAAAAUUAAAUGGCAGACUGAAAUACCCUAUUCCAGUUGAAUAAUAAAAAAAUGCCAUACUUUUGUUUUUGCACAUGAUCUUUGGGUCUGAAUUUAGACCAAAAGCUUCCCAACACUAACAGUGUGCUUUAACCCUUUUACUCCCAUGAGUGACCAAGACAGAAUUUCUCUUUACAAUAUCAAUACAAUAUCAAGCAGACAAGUGAUGAGAUUAAAGAAAAAUAGAAAUUAACGGAAUAUAGGUUGAUCCAAUACCAAAUUCUCCAAACCAACAUCACCAGAACUGUAUAGCAGACAGUAAGGAGAAUUACUAUUGAGAUCUUGGGAGUGGAAGGGUUAACUGCCAUGCUACCAAGUGUGAUAAUAAGAAAUAUAUACCUUUCCAGCAGGGGUUAUGCAAACUUUCCAUCGAUCCUGACAUGUUCAUAAACUAAGGUUAAUUUGUUUUAUCGGCAGGGCAUGUAUUGCUGACAAAGAUUCAUUUCCUAUUGCAAUACCUAUUGGACUAGGAAUUCAACAACAACGAACAGAAGCUGUGGGAAUCAUUCUCUUCAAUACAAACUGCAAUGAGGCACAAAAAAGAAUUGAUUGGCCAAGACUUGCUCUUGGUGAUGUCAAUCCAUCUUGGUUGGAGAAAGUCACAUGGGUGGAAAAACUCUUCUUAGCUUCAAAUCUGCUUCUAAGUGUACCAAAAAAUAUAAAGAUAUUAAAUAAACUGUGCUGUUUGGACUUGAGAAGAAAUCAAUUAAGGAGUAUACCUGCCAGUUUGCUUGAAAUGCCAAAUUUACGAGAACUUAAGCUCUGCUUCAACAAAAUUGUCGAGCUGCCUAAGAGAUGUAAAUGGAGUCCAUCACUCAAGACGCUCUAUUUGAGUGAUAAUCAACUGCAAACAUUACCUGGAUGCAUGGCAGAAUCCAAGUUGUCAAUAUUGUACAUAGCAAGGAAUAAUUUGUAUGGAGUACCCCCAUGUAUUUGCAAAAUUACAACACUACAAUCACUGGACCUGUCUAGCAACCCAAGACUGACUCAGCUUCCACCACAAAUGGGAAGACUCACCAAUAUUGAGAUGCUCAAAUUGGAGAAUUUGGAUCAGGUGAGAGAAAUAAAUAAGAUAUGAUUAUAUGAGAACCGGCAAUCAAAACUAUGACAAAAUUCUCUCGUCAUUAGUUAUCACCAACCUAAAUUGAGCACUGGUGGGACAGUGUAUGCAUUUUGCUUGUAUUUGGACAGAAUAAUUGGACAGUUCAUGCAUCAUACCUAUGUAAUUGGAGGGUACUGAUCAUGAGUGUACACUUUUUUCCCACAUCUUGCCAAAUUAAUUGUUGCAUUUCAUGAAAAUGUGUCAUCAAUGGCUAGUUUCUUUCUCAAAUUUUGUCAUAGUUUCGAUUAAUUUACGGUAUGUUUGGAUAUCAUGUUGUCCAAUUCUGUUUGAAAUCAUACUCUUAAUUAACAAAUCAGACUCUUGCUUCACUGUCAUCCAAUUUUGUUUGUCCCUCACAUGAUAACAGACUGAAUUGGACUCCAAUCAAACCUAUUGCCCUUACUAACUAGGAUAGGGACACUCAAGUUAACCAGCCUCUAGUAAUUUGGAGCAGCACUUGAAGGCAAGAAGUUUUCCAUGCGAGAGCGAGAGAGAACACUUGCUCAAGAUUUUUCUAAAAUUUGUUGUUUUCCCUCUUGGUAAAGAGUUGUCCAGCACAAUAAAAUCUGUUAUUCAAUGGAGGUGCAAGGGAGGAAAUUUAGACUUUACACUGAUGAAUGUAAUGGAUCCACUUGGUCAAAAAACUUUCUAAUUUUCCAUCAUUUUUUAGAGGCCAUUUUCUUGUGCUUAAUUGCUCUUUUUUACAUAAUUUACUCGCUCUAUUGUCAAGUGCUUACUACAAGGUUAAUUUUAUUGAGAAAGUUAAAGUAUGUAUGUAGCUUCACUAUUAAUCCUUUGACCCUGAAGAAUGACUAGCAUCUAAUUUCUCCUUACAAUAUCACCCCUGAAUCACACAUUAAGGUCAUGAGAAUAAAGGAAAUGAUCAUCAACUGAAGAAGCUCUUGAUUGUUAAACAAAUUCUCCUCAUCAGCAUCUUAGAAAAUGUAUAGAGAACGGUAUGGAGAAUAAGCAAACUGAAGUUAGGGUGUAAAGAGACAAAUGGAUAUCUAGAGAAUGGCUGUUCCCGGAAAUUUUUACAGUGUUUGCAUGACAACCACUGUUUAUAAAAGACUUUGUCUCCACUGACUGACUGAGCCCAGAACAUACUACAAUUAAAAGGCUGUUUUUAUUAGUUAAAUAAUACUUUCUAUUAAACCCAUUAAGCUGACAGAUCCACCAGAAGAGAUCAAGAAAAAUGGUAUCAAAACCAUAAUGUAUCUUCGGAACAUCUUGCGCAGGUCAGAGGGGUAUUACACUUUGAAGCUGAUGUUGGUUGGUCGGGCUGAACAGGGAAAGACAACGUUGAAGCACCGACUGAUGAGAGACUAUAACUAUAACGUCAACAACUCAACAAAUGGUAGAGAUUUUUUUUCUUGAUUUUAUUUCUUUUCUGUAAGAAAGCCCCUCUUUUAACAAGACUCCUCUAAUAAGCUUCUUCUUCAUAAUGAGUCCCCGUCUCAAAUAUCUUCCCCUUCCUUAAAGUCCUUGUUUCUGAUAAGUUCCCGUUUCUGAAAGUCACUGUCCCUAAUAAGUUCCACUCUCUCAAAAGCCCCGCCUCUAAAAUGUUCUUCUCACUGAAAUGCCCCUCUCUCUGAUAAGAUCCACUCUCUAAAAAGUACCGCCUCUGAAAAGUUCCCCUUCACUAAAAUGCCCCCGUCUCUAAUAAGCUCCGCUCUAAAAAGCCCCCAUCUCUAAAAAGCCCUGUCUCUAAAAGUUCCCUUUCACUAAAAUGCCUCCAUCUCUAAUAAGCUCCCCUCUCUCUAAAAGCCCCGCCUCUAAAAAGUUCCCCUCACUAAAAUGCCCCCGUCGCUAAUAAUCUCCACUCUUAAAAAAGUCGUCUCUUUUUAGUGAGCUCCCCUCUGACAAGCUCCCGAAAUUAGAAACCGAAAUAAGUUACGACAGAGAAAGGCAAAAUAACAAAUAAUUUUGCUGAGAGAAUUUUUCUUUCCCUGCUAGGGAUUGCUAUGGACGAAUUCCGUUACAAUCGCAAAGAUUUUGGUCUCUUUUCGAUCCAUCCGGAAUUUGUGUUUAAGAUUUGGGAUUUUGGUGGCCAGGAGGAUUUUUAUACCACGCAUCAAUGUUUUCUUUCAACUCUGGCUCUGUACCUUCUGGUAUGGAAUCUGGAGGAAGGUAAUUAUCAUAAAUUUGGGCGUUGAAUGAACUUUUGCAAAUUCCAUACCUCUUGCUUAUUAGAAAACAGAAGUUAGAUUUUGAAAAGGGGGGGGGGAGAGAGAAUUAACUUAGGAAUUCGUGUGUAACACGGUAGAAUAAAUCCUUCCUUCCCGCCCCAAGCACCUCUGUUUUUUGUUCUUUAGCCGUUAAGGGAUGGGAUACAACUAAAUUGUCUCCAGAUUCCCUCCGACAGCGGAGGUCGAUAAAGCAAUUGAGAAAAUCGUUUGGUUUUCAGGUCAAAAUUCAUAAAGGAGUUUACCCCCUUAAGGAAUUUUGGAAAGCUGACGCAAUGAAAAUAAGCCUUCCCUGGCCGAAUCGCUAGGUUUUUGAAAAUCUGCUAAGCUGGUCGACCUUCCUUUUUCAAUUUACAAUUGAUAACCAUCUCAUUAUUUCACUCGCUCACCGACGCAGCACAACAAUUUCUCCAGAAACUACUGAAUAAUCUGGUGUUUAAAUGAUGAGCAAUUCAAGUUUGCGUUUGACCCUUUAACUCCGAUGAGUGACCAAGACAGAAUUUCUCCUUACAAUAUCAACAGCAUAUCGAGCAGACAAGUGAUGAGAAUAAAUGAAAGUAUCAAUUUGGAUAUUAUUCGUUAAUCCAAUACCAAAUCUUCUAAACUCGCAUCAUAAGAAUUGUAUGGCAGACAGCAAAGCGAAUUACUAAUGAGAUCCUAAGAAUGAGAGGGUCAAGGGAAGUAACUCAAACGGACAUUUCUGAAAGCCUUUCCAAUUUUCGGCAGGUGAAAGAGGAAUCGAGAUGCUUACGAGCUGGUUGGACACAAUUGCUGCCAGCGCUGCCAACACCAACCUCGUCAUUGUGGGAACACACCUGGAUAAGGUACGGAAAGAGAAGGAAAAGGGGUUCCCAGAGCGCAUGCGUGAACUAGUAUGGGAGCUGGUUUCUUUACCGAAGUACAAUCGAAUAAAUGUCAAGGGAAUAAAAGAAGUCAGCUGUGCUGUGGACAACAGAGAAGGUAUCUUUGCUGAAGUGAUUUUCGGAUUACAUCUUUAUUUUCCUCCCUCCAUUUUUGAUCCCCUUGUGUCCAUUCGUUACGAUUUAACUUAAGCGGUUUAUUUUGUUUGCAAAAUACAGGCAUUGAUGACCUCAGAGUCACCAUUUACGAUGUUGCAAGGAGCCUUUUGAAGAGCGGCAGAGGACAGGUAUUCGUCAUGGGGGAAAAAAUCCCACAUAGUUUUCUGUCAGUGGCAGAUGUCAUUCAAACCAAGCGACAGGAGCUGCGGGAUAAUGGCCGCAUGCCAAUCUUGCACAAAUCCGAGUACGAGGCGCUUGUCCUGGACACCAUAAAGAACGACGAUCUGGAUAUUGAGGACACUAACGAUUUGACGGAAGUCACGCAGUUUAUGCACGAGAGAGGUAGGCAUGAGCUCGCGGAUUGGCCAAAACAUGCACGUAGAGCAAGGUAUUUGGGCGUUUGUUACCUGGCAACACGUGGUUUUGCAAUCAUGCUUUGGUUUAAGUAUAUGAAUGUCCGCUUAUCACGGGCUGCAUGUUUCCUCCUCUGGAGAGCAUUGCAGCCAUAGACACGGGUCGUCUGAUUUUCCCCUGUUUCUUACUGGUGACUCACCAGCUCCCUGGUUUCCUGUACAUAGUACUGGUAAUGAGUCAGUUUCUCGCGCUAACUCAACCUUCCACUAACGCUGAAUGGAUUUUGCCUUGAAGAGUAAGAGAGGUGUGUGAAUUAGUCCUAACUCAACAAAUUGUCGAGAUUAAUACGAUAUAGAAGUAUCAGCUUUACCCCUUUCAAUUUUCAUGCUAAUUCUCCCAGCUAAUGACCUUGAAUUUCGUAAUAGGCAAUUUUGAGAAUUUGGCCUGAAAUGAUCUCCCUUUGUCAGUAUAUAUUCCUAAUUCUCUAUACCUGUUGAAUUUAUAGUGUAGUGAAGGUAAAGUAAAGGAUUUCAGUUUGUAAAUAUCAUCAAUUGAUCCUUUAACAGGAAUUUUGAUGCACUACAAUGACCCAAAUCAAGAUCUUCAGGACCUUUUCUUCAUUGAUCCCCAGUGGCUUUGCGAGUUGAUGGCACAAGUCGUGACGCUACCUGUAGUUAAUCCAUUCAUUCAUAACGGCGUCUUGAAGCUUGAAGAUCUACCUCAGAUUUUUAGAGGUGAGCAGUUUCCGCACGAAAACUCCCCGCAGUUCAUUCGCCUGUUGAAUCGUUUUCAGAUCGCUUGCUCCUUGGACGAAGGUCGCGUCCUCAUCCCUUCCAGAUUAUCGGCCCAACAACCGAAUGAAGCGACGAAUGAUGAUUUACCGUUCAUUACACUGAAGCGGCUCCAUUCGUUGCCAUACAUUCCACAUGGGUUUUGGUGUCGGCUCAUUUCGCGCCUGUUAUAUUACAUGAAAGACAUGCUGUCUAGCGGAGAAAACUUCAACCGCCAGGAAUACAACGCCAGCCCGUUUCAGCUGGACCCCUUCUGCUGUCGGUGUCCUUUGACCGUGUAUGGUGUCCCAGAUGGUGGCCUGGUUGAAAGCGACUAUGAGGGGCAUACUUCUCCUUCCAUAAAUCCCGCACUCGGUGGAUCGCUCGAGAAUCUGCAAGGAUCUCUCAACGAUUUUCCCGGUAUCGUUCGAUUCUUUAGUGGUCAACGCCACGGAAAUUACAUCAACGGCAGAUUUUUCGCUUAUCCCGACAUGGAUGGCGGUAGCUCUCGGAGUGAUUCGGGGUUCGAAUACAGUUCGGAAGACGACGACGACGAAGCUCGCACCAGGUCGGCAGGUACUACUAAUCGGACAUUUCCUGGAUCAAGUUCCAGGGCUGGCCCAAGAAGAAACAGAAGAAUAUUUAAACAUGGCACUGAUCCAGGGAGACGAGGUCAAGAAGAUAAAAUUGCUGAUUUGGAUAGUGGAAUUCCUAAAAGUGAUUCAAAUGUACCUAUCUUACACCAAAAUUUUCGUUUAAGCACUUCAUGUCCGAGCUACGAAGACGGGUCUUGUGAUACGCUUACUUCCGAAGUGUCGUUCACCAGCCCUGGAGUGCCGCAAGGUUCUUCCCCGGCUGACCACCGGCCAUCUGCCAACUGCAUGGCUGAAAAUGAUGAUGCGGAAAAUUUAUCUCGACGAGGGAAACCUACCGAUAUCGAAGCUAGUCAAGACCUGAAGGAUAUCAGCAAGAGAGAAAGUCCCUCUGUAAAAAUCGACGGUUUUCUAGACGACAAAACAACUCAGCAUAGCAACAGUGAUGAUAGCGAUAGUGUUCCUUACCUCUCCGCUGGAUCCAGAUCGUGCACUCCAGACCAUACUCCUCGUGACCAAACCGACGACCAUCAGAACAGCUCCGAAUCAGAAGCGGCUGGGGAAAAUCCUGACCUAGGUCUUCAUCCUGUAGGUCGUACCCCUGAUGGCUUCAAUCAGAACUGUUCCUUGGCGACACCCAAUAAGAAAUCUAACAAUCCUUCCCCAACAGAUACUUGUGAAGUGCCUGAAAUAGGCCAACCCGACGAUAGCCUUGUUGCUGAUAACCCUGAACGGUUCCCGCAAUCGACAGAAAGUUAUUCAGAAGGACCACAUAAUCAGCAAGUAGAGAAGGAAGUCGACGGAGAGAUCUUUUCCGCGUCAAACGGCCGUACAUCUGAUAAAGAAUCCAUCCUGGAGUCUUUUCAUAAGGGUUCAAGCCGAGGUUCUGGUGAAACUGGAGACGUAUCCAUGGAGAUACGGACUGUUGAUGACGACAAGGAGACAAGAGGUGAAGGAAAAUAUAAUUUGUAGAUAAAUCUUGGUUACUGAAUUUCUCCUCAAUAAUCACAUCACGAGAUCGAGAUUUUAAACAUGAAGGAAAACUCGGGUCCGAAUCACCAACUAUCGCGCGAAAAAACAUGAGCGAAUAUUCCAAUUGUUUUGGGAGGAGAGAGUAAAUAUUUGUGCCCAAGAACACGACACAUUGACCCGGCCAGUUCUCGAAUCCACACCUCUCGGUCCGGAGGCCACUCCAUUUACCAUUAAGCUACUGUGUCUCUUUUUUCUCUACGAUAUCACCCCUGGAUCACACGUUAAGGUCACGAGAAUAAAGGAAAUAAUCACCAACGAAAGAAGCUCAUGAUUGGUAAACAAAUUUUCCUUGUCGGCACUUUAGGAAAUGUAUAAAGAGCAGUAUAGAGAAUAUGUAUUCUGAUUUUAGGGUGUAAAGGGCUGAGCAAGUAAACGUUUUUCUUCUUUCCGAAUGAGAUACUAGUCAAAAACAAGUUACCUUUCUUCAUUUUCUUGCAUUUAAUUGUGUUGUUGAACAAGAAAUUGAGUCUUUAGGUGCUACUUCUGGGAAAGAGGUAGAAGUGAUAAGUAAAAAGAAUGUUUUACUAAUAGUUUUUUCUCUUUAUUGUCCACAUAUUAAGAUAGCUGAACCCUUCUUGUUCUUCUUCUUCUUUGUCAUUUGAUAAACAAAUCUUGUUUUUAUUUUCGUUUCAUUUACUAUCAGCCGGGAACCAUUUGUCUGACAGCACCGCCUGUGGUAUUCAGAUUGAAGCGGUUGAAAACGAGUUCGUGUCGCACUUAUCGUCGUACAGUUCUCCAAGUACAAGUUUUCAAUCCGUUGAUAUCGCGAUAGGAACACCACAAAGGACUUCAUCUUUUGCUGCUUCUACACCUAAACAUCCUACGGAUGGCACCUCCGCAGAGGGCAGGAGUGACAAACCACGGAGUGAAACCCCACACCUUCCCAACUGCCCGUUUGUGGAGGAGUUCCCCGUCGAUUGUCUACCGGAGUUACCGACAGAUCUGGCGACGCUGAUAGACGACAAUUUCCUUCACUGCUGGAAAUCUGGCGUUUGCCUUCGUCACCCACGGUUGUUCCUCCUGCUGCACUGUGUCCCUGACACCGGAUCUGAUCGACAGUUGAUUCGAACGGAAGUAAGCCCUUGCCGUCAAGGUCGGAGGGUUUUGAGUUUCGCGGUUGACCACAUCGACACGCUCAUUCGCGAAUGGUACCAAGAAUUAUCGACGACGGACGGACAGCAACCCAAAGUCAGGCAGCUUAUUCCCUGUAUGAUGUGUGAAAAACUCGGCCUUGCACCCUACAAGUUCACGUUUGCCGAAUGUCAGCGUCAAAGUGCAAAGUCAGACUUAAUCCGUUGUCCCAAUCACCCGAGCUGGGAAGUUGAUCUUCACCAGGUUGCACCUGAUAUAAUGUUACAUGACGUAGAUCCUGAUUUAUUGUUGUCGCACGAAGACGUUACAUAUGAGGACGCCGACUCGAGUAUUCUGGGAAGUGGAGGCUUUGGAAAGGUAUAUGUUUCUUCAUUACGUUGCACCGGUCUUUUUGUAACUGGUGUGAAAUUUGCGUGUUUAUGCAAUUUAUUAUGGUUUCGUUAGAAAAGAAGCUUUUUUGCGCAAUGAAUUAAGUUGAAAAUUUAGGAUCAAGCUGAUGUGGAUGGGGGUGAGCUUAUUGUCUUCUGUCUUUUUAGAAAAUUUAUCGUGAUAGGGGCGAACAGAGAUUACAAAUGCUCUGCUGCGAACUUUCCUUUUUCCCAUGAACCUUGGUGUCCGAGCUAUUUUUUCACCGCUUAUUCUCGUUUUAUUUUUAUUUUGUUUCGUUUUGUUUUUUUUGCUGUUUGUUCCGCCCUGGCUCGCUAGUAGCAGGCUCGUUGUUGAUUUCCUCGCAGUUAAAGAUUUUUUCUCAGUAGGAAGGGACCUUAAUGAAUUUUCCAUAAGUGACUGUCGAUGGUGUAAUAGGCGUCUGCGCCCGAAAGAGAGGCUGUAAGACCCCUCUAUUGUAUGGCAACGUAGUCCUGUGCUAAAUCCAAGCGUCCUGAUUGGCUCUUGCUUGUCGGGAUUUUGCCAUACGGACCGUGAAAUCAUCAGCUAAGGAUAUACCUUCAAGCUCCCUCGGCUAGUAUCGCAAGAAAAACGCAAACAGGAAAUGUAAAACAAAGGCCAAAAUUGUUGAUAUAGUCUUCUGAUUUCUCAGGUCGUUCGCGGGGAAUGCCGAGGACAGGCAGUCGCCAUCAAGUUCUACAUUCAAAGCGAUGAAUCCGAACCCUUAAGGCAUUACCGCGAGGCGCGCAAGGAACUGAACGUGCUGCGUCGUGUACGACAGCAUCCUUUCCUUAUCAACAUCAUCGGUGUGUCUUUGCGUCCCUUGUGCCUUGUGCUGGAACUAGCAGAGCGCGGGGCUCUCACCGAGAUCUUAUCCAGCCCAAAGUUGAUUGAUCGCAUUGUUCUCUUUCGGAUUGCAUAUCAAGUUGCAGACGCACUGAGAUUCCUUCAUGACAUGGGUGUCAUCUAUAGAGACUUAAAACCCGAAAACGUCCUUGUUUGGUCCUUGGAGGAACACGCUGAUCUUCACGUCAAGCUCAUUGAUUUUGGCACGGCGAACUUCGCGACUUCGACUGGUUUGAUUUCAUGCGCUGGAUCUCCCGGUAACCAUGCACCUGAGAUGUUGGAAUCAGCAAACAAAGAGGAAUACACCUUUCAAGUAGACGUAUAUUCGUAUGCGAUCCUCCUUUACCGAAUUAUCACGCGGUUAAUGCCGUUCAUCGGGUACGAUUCAGGUGCAAAAAUCAACGCGGCUGUAAUUGCUGGAGAGCGUCCGCAGUGGCAGCACGUUCCGGUAGCGACUUUCGGCUUGCCAACGCUUACCGAACUUAUGCUUCGAUGCUGGUUGGGUAGGCCGACCAAGAGACCGACGACCGCUAAAAUAACCGAGCAAGUCUGUCAUCCCGCGUUCCAGUGUUUGAUAGCCAAGCAGCUCAUCCCUUCAGAUCAACAGUCUGUGCGUCAUGCUUGUCUCGUGCAAGAUUCCCUUGAUCUGUGGAUAGCUUGCGAUGACCACACGGGCAACCGAAUUUUUGUCUACGAUGGUCGCACACUCAGCAUGAAGUUUUCUUUCUCAAUUGAAACCUAUCAAGAGCAACGUCUCUUGUUUCAGAUCCAGUACAUGCAUGUUAUGGCACCUUUCGUCUUAAUCGCUGUUCGUGGAGAGUUUGCCUUGGUCAACGCUUACUCCACUUCGUUUGAGUCGCGUUACAAGUACGUGGCAUCCAUGAGAUUCGACCAACCAGUUAGCUGCGUUGCAUCAAACGAUGAGUACGUGUUUGUUGGACUUUACGAUGGAAACGUGCAUUGUAUCUUUAAAACAGAUAUGAAAAAGAGCUUCAGGAAACGUGCUUCUCACAGCUUCAAUGUUGGACGCCACCGAAUUCUGUCACUCACAGUGGCACAGGAUAAACUCUGGGUAUCCACGAGCCGAUACAUUUACAGAUAUUUAACAAAACCAGGCGAAGUGGAGGCUUUCGAUAUCGACGCCGUGUGGUAUGGUGGCCCUGAGGGAUUGGAGAACAACCCACAAACGCAAAUCUCCUUUCUAAAGGUUUCUCGUGACGAAAAAAGCGUUUUGUCCGUGUGCAGGUCCGUGCUCAGCAAAUGGGAUUCAGAAAACAGGCAGAACCUCUUCAGCGUUGACUGCGCAGUUGUUUUUAGGAGUCUCGCUGCGGAAUCCGAGUCACACAAAAAUCACGAUGACGCAGUUGCGUGUAUUACCUGCGUGGAGCCCACGAGUGACUCUAUUUGGGUGGGCAUUGCGAGUGGCCACAUCAUGAUAUUUGAUUUUGAAACAGGACUUCUACUCACUUGGUUUCAUCCUUUUGACGAAACACGUAGUCUGACCGUUAUCAAUUCUCCUGGUCCCUGCGGCACUGAGCAAGGAUACGUCAUAAGUACCGGGAAAGGGUUAAGACCGGACGGAUUAGGCCCGGUAUGCGAACUUUCGGCGGAAAGGGUGACAGAAAUCCCGAGGGAAGAUACAAAUCGUAAAGUGAGUGAACCGGAACGAAAGAAGAUUCACAGAAGAAAUUCAACAGGAAGAAAACUCAGGACUCCUACUCCGCCCAUAGACGAGCAGGAAAACGAUACCGUUGACGCAAACCCUACUUUGCGGCCGAAAUGUUCCAUGAUGAUGUGGGAACUGUUGUCCAAGAAUGGCUUCGCAAGAGUAGAAGCCAAAAGCGGCCGAGAACGCUUUUCUUGCAGUCAUGGUACCAAAGCAAAAAGUAGUGAUCAGCCCUUGCAGAACGGCGAUGAAAAUAAUCAACAGUGAAAGUUACAGAGAGUUCAUUGUCAUGGUCUCAUUCUUUGAAGAUCAGGUAAAAAUGCCCUGAAGAGACUGGCAAGCAUAUGACGGGUGUCGGGGCAAGCGCGCUAGCUCGACCAUUUAAACCAGAGUGGUUUCUGAUUCUUAUUUCUAUUCAUUGCAUGGAAUAAAAUAACAGAGAACUGCUGGCUUGGCCAGUUUUCUAUAAAUACAAUCUUUCCAACCUUGUUCUCAGGGACUGUCUUCUCUGCGUCAGCUGAGGCAGAAGAGAGAGAGGGAGACAGGUCGGAAGUGGAAAGAAUAGAAAGCAUGGAAACGUCUCAUCUGUUUUGGUGUAGAGAGAAUUCAAUUAAGGUGCCUUGAUGUUGCCUGUGUACAAUGUGGCCCAAAUUCAAUGUUGUAGGAAGUUGAGAUAUAUUUUAUCUAAAAAAAACCGACCAAAUGGGUACUAUUUUAUUGCGGUUAAAAUUUUUUGUAAUUGAAUAAAUUCGCACGAAGGCUCUGCGAUUACGUCAAUUACGUCUUUUUUUCCAUGGAAUAAGAAGAGAAGAAAAACGAAACAUCUCUAAAUGCAUCACUUGUGAACAGCUUUUUUAUUUAUCUCGUCAAUCCGCUGAAAUCAUUCUUCUCUUUUAGCAAUUGUUUAUUCAAUGUUGAAGACUUGAUUUAAUUUUUUAACCAAAUCCAUAUUUGUUUUAACUUUCACCGACGCUAACAGUUUAGUUAACAAAUAGAGAAGCCUUGGCUGUGCUCUGUUCUGUUAUAAAGCACGCAGGAAGCAGCUAGACCACGAAAGAAGUGUAGGGAGAAACACGAGACGUAGUCGAGUGUUUCUCCCCACUUCUUGAGUGCUCUAGCCGCUUCCUAAGUGCUUUAUAACAGAACAGAGCACAGCCAAGGCUUCUCUAUUUGUUUUAUAAUAAAGAAUCCAUUAAAUUCCCCGAGCAUUACUUUCAAUUUUCAAAACAAACUUUAUUUCCAAAGCGAACAACAGUGUCGUCAGCAUGCUCUAUACUCUCAUAAAGCACGCUACAAUAAGCCAAUCAGAACCCCUGUUAGAAUGGUUCAAAUAAUCUGAUUGGCUGUACAAGACUAAAGCUGUCAAAAGUGUCAAACCAUCAAAGUUAAAAAACCAUCAAAGUUCACCUUCUGCGAUAGUUUACAAACUAAAAUAGUUCGGUAGGUCGAAUUUAACACUUUUGCGUGAAGUUUUUAAGGCUCUAAUACAGAAUCUUGAAGUGAAAUGUUCCAUGAACUUCAGCCGAAUUAUGGCUCAUAAAAACACGCGAGUUUUUUCAUAUGACAAGGUAGAAAACAAACUGUUCAGGGCGAGUGUUUUUUGAAUGAACGACAGCCAAAUUCACCGGAACAUGAAGAUCGCUCGGGAUGACAGCGUCGCAAAACUCGGCUGCAAUGACAGAUGUGACUUUCCACUCAACGCAUCGGAAAGGAUAUCAGAGCAAGCUCUUAUUUUUUCACUCGAAGGGCGGCCGAUGUAGUUUCUGAGGCUUGCUGUGAUGACCGGAGAUCGCCAUGAUGAGCGAGCCGCGAUGGACUUCAGCAUGAUCAUAUUCGCUCAGACACCGUCAUGAUUAGAAUGAAUUUUAACAGUUAUGCCAGUUUGGUUAUAUUUUUCAUCAUUUCUGUUUUGUUUUCGAACACUGAACUUUAUAUACUAUAUGAGUGUUAGCUGUGUUUGAUUUUUAUUUCCGUACGUAAGCUUGCAAUCUAACUGAGCGUGAAUCAAUCUUUAAAACCUCGAAUGUCUAUUUUGUUUUUCCCUUGAGGAUUUUCGUAUCUGCUCACGUUUUAAUAACGUAAAUUACGGCGCCUGGUAUGUUUACAAACCUUUGUUUGAUUCUUCUGUUGCUACUUGUCGGCUCGCUUCAGUUCCGAAAUUUCACUUUCAAUUAUCGGAAAAAAGCUAAAAAGAAGUCCCGGAAAAGCUCGAACAUAGUACAGUUUUGCAGAUGGCGUGACAGCUUAAGCUCAGCUCUAUGCUCUAUACUCUCAUAGAGUAUGCUCUUUCAACCAAUGACAGUGCGCGUUAUAUCCGAACUUUAUUAUAAAGUAAGUUAAGUUGAUAAUACAUACAAUGGCUCAGAGAAGGUGCACCUCCAAUCACUACUGCAGAGCGUACAUCUCCCGGACAGAAAAACAGAAAUCAAGAGAGCAUUUUCAGCAUGAGUGAAAACACGCACUAUCCUUAUUGUCUGUUGUAAUAUGGUGUUUUCAUUAACUUUGAGAAAAGUUAUUUAUUUGAUGUAAAAUCUAGUUUUUUUCACGGCUCUUGUUUGGUCUUGACACACAACCCUCAAGGUCGUUGACGUGUUGUGAGACGAAACCAAGCAACGGUUACAAAGGAGGCCAACUUGGAAGACGAAACAGAACAAAAAUUUCACCGUCUAAUUGUUAUCUUUAUCAUCAUACAUGUUCUGCUUCUUUGUUGACGUUCAAUUCAACUCGCGGCCGAAAAGGGACUUAAAUUUUGCGAACUGGCCUUAGCUAGAAGGACCGAGAAGAAAUUCGACUUCAUUGAGUGUCGCAUGUGGCGGUCGGGUGGCGGGGGGGGGAGGGGUGCUUUUUCUCCUUCUCCCGCCUUCCUAGCCAAUCCUUUUCCUUCCUCACUCUUUCUUUUCGUGCUCUCCCCUUUGUUUGGUUACAGGCACAUUCAUUAUGGAAUAAAAUCUCUAUAUGACCAUGUUAAAACAAGGAACGCCUCACAGACCUCUUUGCACUGAAUAUACCUCAGACACGAGUGCAACUUUGAAACUGUUGAAUUAUGCAAUUCUUAUUAAUAGCCUGUUAUUGGAGUAUUUUGCAUAUGGUUGGGUAAGAACAGAGUAAGACAGAGGAUCGACUGCCAGCAUUUCACUUCCGUACACUAAAUAAGACCAUAAAGCGUUGAUCUCGUACUCAUGAUUAUUCAUCUCAAAGACUUUCGAAGCUU